GUACGAGAGAGGGCUGCAGAACAACGUCCCAGGUCUGAAGCUGAUUGGACCAAAGGAAAUACAGGCAAAAGAGCCCUUCUGCAGGGGUCUGAUGGCCCUUGAUUCUCCGUACACUGGCAUUGUGAAUUACAAGCAAGUGGCCCAGUCCUAUGCCGAAGACUUCCAGGAAGCAGGUGGCACGAUCUUGACUGAUUUUGAAGUUACAAACAUGGAGAUGGCUAAAGAAAGUUCUUCAGAAAGCAAAGAGGGACUAAAUUACCCAGUCCUCGUUCGGAACUCAAAGGGUGAGGAAAUCUCCUGUCGGCACAUUGUGACCUGUGCAGGACUUUACUCAGACCGCCUGUCUGAGAUCAGUGGCUGCAGCCCUGAACCACGUAUUGUGCCCUUCCGGGGAGAUUAUUUGGUGCUCAAGCCGGAGAAGUGCUACAUGGUUAAAGGAAAUAUCUAUCCGGUGCCCAAUCCUCGCUUCCCUUUCCUGGGGUUUCAUUUCACACCAAGAAUGGAUGGCAGCAUUUGGCUGGGUCCCAACGCAGUGCUGGCCUUCAAGCGAGAGGGCUACAGAUUGUUUGACUUCAGCCCUGGAGACUUUUUAGAUGCUGUAACAUACAGUGGGUUGUGGAAGCUUGUGCUGAGGAACUUGUCUUAUGGACUGAGUGAGAUGUACAGAGCCUGUUUCCUGAGUGCACAGGUGAAGGAACUGCAGAAGUUCAUCCCCGAGGUCACCGUCAGUGACGUACUCAGGGGUCCCUCUGGAGUGAGAGCUCAAGCACUGGACAGUGAUGGAAAUUUAGUAGAUGACUUUGUAUUCGAUGGAGGCAGUGGAGAUAUUGGAAGCAGAAUUCUCCAUGUCAGAAAUGCCCCUUCUCCUGCUGCUACCUCCUCCCUUGCCAUCGCAAAAAUGAUCGCAGAUGAAGUGAAGCGAAGAUUCGACCUGUGACUGACUGGCAGGUGUAGUGCAGCUCUACCCCUCUUAAGCGUGACUCCUGUACAAAGACAACCUGGACAUUCAAAUAAUAAGCCCUUCAAGGAAAAACUCUGGUCGUUAUCCUGAGCCACAGUAACACUAGACAGAGAUUCAGACACUUGGAAAGCUAAAAUGCCCUAGUGCUGGGUAAGAGUUGUAUCUCCACAAUGCAACAACCCUAUCUCCACUCCCCACCACAAGUGUUGCCUGCCAACAGUAAAUGCUACAAAAGGAUUGCAAAAGCACCUUCCUCCCACACGAGGCGUGGCCCUAACGUGUAUUAACAGAAUAAAGAGCACUAAGGUACAGCAGCCAUGUACCACGUCUAACUGCGCAGCCUGCUGUGUUGCUCACUCUCAAGAGGUGAUUAUUUCGGGGUAGAGUUUACCUGAAGCUUUUGAAAUGACGACUCUUUGCGUAGCACUCUGGAAAUGGUUAUAUUUUUAGAGCUAGUGGUAAAUCUUUUUUAAAGGAAUAACCCCAGAGAAGUGUGAUAAUGGGGUUUCAUACAUAAAUUUUGCAGCCCAUGGAGUGUGAAAAUGUAUAAAUAUAUUUUCUAAAAGCCUCUGUUUCCUAAAA